AUACCAUAUGGCAAAUUAAACAAGAAGACAGGGAAUCGAAAACCGGUUUUGCUACAGCACGGAAUAUUAGAAUCUUCUGCAGACUGGGUGAUUAAUUAUCCACAUCAAAGUCUUGGUUUCUUACUGGCAGAUUAUGGUUACGAUGUAUGGCUCGGAAAUACAAGGGGUGGUGCCUAUUCGAGACAACAUCUCAACUUCGAAACAAACUCAAAAGAUUUUUGGGAUUUCAGCUUUGAUCAGAUGGCCGAAUAUGAUUUGCCAGCUAUGAUUGACUAUAUUCUCAAUGUAACUAAAGAAGACAAUCUGGUAUAUAUUGGCCACUCUCAGGGGACAACCAUAGCUUUUGCUCUUCUGUCUGAAAAACCUCUUUACAAUGAAAAGAUAAAGUUGUUUGUGGCACUAGCACCAGAAGUAGAAGUUAGCCACGUGAAGUCUAUAGUUAGUUACCUCGUCCCUUAUUUUGAGUAU